AUGGCCCCCUACGUUAAAAAGCGCAAAGUCCUCGACUCGAUCGCAUCCCGUCCCCAGAAAAAGUUCCGCAAGCAGCGCGCAUACCACAGCAGCUCCGAAGAUGACGAAGACGAACCCACCGAUUUCCAAGCCGUCAGUUUGGCAGACUCCGACGUUGAGGAGGAAGCUGUGAAGCAAUCCAAGAAACACAUCCGGUCCAUCGGCGAAUCGACCAAGAAGGCUCUCCCCAAGGAGCAGCUGAAGAAAAAGCAAGAGGAAAGCUCCGACGACGAAAAUAUGGCAUCCGAUUCGGAUGCAGACGACUCGGAAGAAAUGGAGGACGAUGAGUUCGACGUGGGCGCAGAGUCCGACACUUCCAAUCCCGCCUCGACGGCAGGUGGUCGGGCGGUUCCUAAGCGUCAUGAUCCUACUGCGUUCUCGACCUCAAUGGCCAAGAUUUUGGCAACCAAGCUCCCUUCCUCGAUGCGCGAGGACCCGGUGCUGUCCCGCAGCAGAGACGCUGCCCAGAAGAGUACCCAAGUGGCGGAAGAGAAGCUGGAUCGCCAGGCGCGGGCUAAGAUGCGGGCGGAGAAGAAGGAGGAGUUGGAUCGUGGCCGUAUCCGCGACGUGAUGGGAUUGGAGCGUGGCCAGGCUGGCCCAGUGGCCGAGGAGGAGAAGCGGUUGCGCAAGAUCGCCCAGCGUGGUGUGGUCAAACUGUUCAAUGCUGUCCGCGCCGCUCAGGUUCGUGGAGAGGAAGCCGCCAAGGCGGAGCGAAAGAAGGGCACAAUUGGUAUGGGCGAGCGCGAGAAGGCUGUGAAUGAAGUUAGCAAGCAGGGAUUCUUGGACCUGAUCAGCGGAAAGAAGGGCAAGCCGUUGCAGAUCGAGGAGGCUUGA